GAGCUCGGUUGGAUUGGUUACUGGUCUAUCUCUCUGCGCUCUCUCCUUUCCUUUUCGCUCUGGUGUUAACAAAUUUCAGACUGAGAGCUUAUCAGAGAGAGAUGGGAUUGGGAAGGAAGGAGGUGGGCGGGUCAUCCGACCCGGGUUCCAGCGGGGAAGCGGGUCGGAGCAGCACCAGCAGCGAGCCGUCCGUACCACGAAGAUUCCCGCCGGCGGCACAGCCGGAGAUAAUGAGAGCCGCCGAGAAGGACGAGCAGUACGCCUCCUUUGUCUACGAUGCCUGUCGCGACGCUUUUCGCCACCUCUUUGGUACGAGGAUUGCUGUAGCUUAUCAGAGCGAGACAAAACUUUUGGGGCAGAUGCUUUAUUUUAUAUUAACGACUGGUUCGGGGCAGCAAACACUGGGAGAAGAGUACUGUGAUAUCACUCAGGUUGCAGGACCUUAUGGACUUCCUCCAACCCCAGCAAGACGUGCUCUUUUCAUCGUAUACCAGACAGCAGUUCCUUAUAUUGCAGAGCGACUUAGUUCAAGAGUUGCUUCCCGUGGCAUUGUCCUUGCUGAAUCACAGUCUGAUGAGCCCUACGACAACAAUGCUCCAGGAAGCGUUCAUGUUCAGUCUUCUGCAGUGAUUGAUCUUCCAUCAUCAUCCACAUCAGGGGCAUCCGUUUCAUCUCCGAGAUGGCUUAAAGAGAAACUGAAUGGAUUAUGGUUGUAUGCACUUCGGAGAUGGCCUACGGUGCUCCCAAUAGCUCGUGAACUUUUGCAAUUGGUUCUUCGUGCUAACCUCAUGCUCUUCUACUUUGAAGGCCUCUAUUAUCAUAUAUCAAAACGAGCAGCAGGCAUUCAUUAUGUGUUCAUUGGAAAACCAUCAAAUCAAAGGCCCAGAUACCAAAUACUAGGAGUGUUCCUACUGAUUCAGCUAUGUGUUAUUGCUGCUGAAGGAUUGCGGCGCAGCAAUUUAUCUUCUAUUGCGAGUUCAGUUCACCAGACAUCCUUUGGGACCCAUUCAAGUUCAGCAGGGCGAGGUUUGCCUGUUUUGAACGAGGAAGGCAAUUUGAUAUCUGCAGAUAAUAGUAACAAAGGAAGUUGGGGGCCUGAUUCUUCGUCGACUUCUGAGUCUCAAGCAACAAGCAAAUGCACGCUGUGCCUGAGUAAUCGGCAACACCCAACAGCCACACCUUGUGGCCAUGUAUUUUGCUGGACCUGCAUUAUGGAGUGGUGCAAUGAGAAGCUUGAAUGUCCCCUCUGUCGCACCCCAAUGACUCAUUCGAGCCUAGUUUGUUUAUAUCAUUCAGACUUCUAGUAUUUGAUUAACGGUAGACAGUCGGGCUUUUAAUGAAUACAGAAGAAAAGAAACGAAUUGUAAGCAAAGAAGUUGUCACCAUUAUUCAACACGCUGAGGAUGGGAAGGCCAUAAUUUAUUAGUCUGAAAAUAUGGGGUUGUUGGCAAUGAUCAUUGUAGUUGUGUCCUUUUAUCGAGUGAGGGGUCUUUUUCACUUUGAGAAAAUGAGAUGUUCCUCUCCGAAUUCUAGUGGAGCACAAGAUCAAUUAGUGACCCUUGGCAAAGACAAACUGUAUAGAGACCAUGUUGUAUUCAUAUGCAAAUAAUUUUGAUCCGUUUAUACGUAGAAUAGAUUGAGAAUUUCUCUUGUUGCCA